UCAGUAAGAGCUCUGCAUUCAGAAGAAAUCAGCCUCUGACAUAAAAAGAAUUUAUGUGAGCAACUAUGUACCCACUUCAUACAAGGGGGAACCAUGAAUUUUACCAGGGAAAACAAUGGAGCUGCCUAAACAUCUGGCUAAUUUUAUGCUUGUUUCCAAGAAUCUGUGUAUCAAAUACUUCAAAACCCAAUUUUUUACUGAUACUGGCUGAUGAUCUUGGUAUAGGAGAUGUGGGUUGCUAUGGCAAUGAUACAAUAAGGACCCCUAACAUUGAUGGCCUGGCAAAGGACGGAGUGAGAUUUACCCAGCACAUUGCUGCAGCUGCUGUCUGUACUCCAAGCAGAGCGGCUUUCCUGACUGGCAGAUACCCUAUCAGAUCAGGCAUGGCAUCCAGCACUCAACGGCAGGUUCUCUUCUGGAAUGGGUGUUCUGGUGGACUCCCACCAAAUGAAACUACUUUUGCUAGAAUACUGCACCAACAAGGUUAUUCUACAGCACUUGUCGGGAAGUGGCAUUUGGGUAUGAACUGCAAAUCCCGCCGUGAUCACUGCCACCAUCCUUUAAAUCAUGGCUUUGAUUAUUUUUAUGGCAUGCCUUUUACCCUGUUAAAUGAGUGUCAAGGCACGGACGACCCUGAACUGGCCAAGUCUUUGCAAGAUACGUAUUGGCUUUACACACAGAUGAUUAACCUUGCAGGGCUUACUCUUUUGAUUGGAAAACUUACCAAUUUAUUCUCAGUAAAAUGGAAAAUAAUUAUAUGUCUUGCUAUCUGUGGUCUCCUAUAUUUCAUCUCCUGGUUCUCCAGCUAUGGUUUCACCAAGUACUGGAACUGUAUCCUGAUGAGAAACCAUGAUAUCACUGAACAACCAAUGAAUCUAGAAAAAACUACUUCUAAUAUGCUGAAGGAGGCAGUUUCAUUCAUUGAAAGAAACAAGAAUAGACCAUUUCUUCUCUUUGUUUCCCUUUUGCAUGUUCACACCCCUCUCAUUACCACUAAGAAGUUUCAGGGAAGAAGCAAGCAUGGCCUAUAUGGAGAUAACGUAGAGGAGAUGGACUGGAUGGUGGGCAGGCUUCUGGAUGUUAUUGACAAAGAAGGCUUGAAGAAUACCACGUUUAUUUAUUUUGCAUCUGAUCAUGGAGGAUCCUUGGAGUCUCACAGAGGAAAUGCUCAGUUUGGUGGAUGGAAUGGAAUCUAUAAAGGUGGAAAAGGAAUGGGAGGCUGGGAAGGAGGGAUCCGUGUCCCAGGAAUUGUUCGAUGGCCAAGAGUGUUGCCUGCAGGGGCCGUUAUCCAUGACCUGACAAGCCUUAUGGACAUCUUCCCAACAGUAGUUAACCUGGCUGGAGGGGUGGUGCCUCAGGACAGGGUAAUUGAUGGGCGCACCUUGUUACCUCUGCUGCGGGGGACAGUUCAGCGCUCCGGGCACGAGUUCAUGUUUCACUACUGUGGUGUGUUUCUGCAUGCAGUGCGGUGGCACCAAAAGGACAGUGGCACCGUAUGGAAAGCUCAUUAUGCUACUCCAGUGUUCCAACCAGAAGCCUCUGGGGCCUGUUUUGGAAGAGGAAUUUGCCCUUGUUUCGGGGAUGGUGUAACCCAUCAUGACCCUCCACUGCUGUUUGAUCUCACACAAGAUCCUUCUGAGGCAAAUCCUCUAUCAGCUGACACUGAGCCCUUGUUUGACUCUGUAAUGAGGAAAAUAGGAAAAGCUGUAGAAGAGCAUCGCAAGACACUGACUCCAGUCCCACAACAGCUGUCUCCUUACAACAAUAUAUGGAAGCCAUGGCUGCAGCCAUGCUGUGGCACAUUCCCAUUCUGUUGGUGUGAUGAAGAAAACAACAAAGCAGAUGGCAUACGUUAAUACCAAAAUCAAAGUACAGUUAGCUUUAAAAGAGCUGAUUCUUUUCACAUUCACAUGACUACUGUCAUACAGAGAUAUGGAUCAAAUUACACUGGAAUAACUGAAAGGGAUGUUAUUGAUGUCUUUUAUUCAGCCACAGAAAUUCGUAAGUCUGCAGUUAAAAAUAAAUUAAAAAUGCUCCAAACAUAUUCCACCUAUGGGUCACCUGUACAAUCCAUCCCUCAAGUGCAUAAUUCUGAAUCAAAUACCCAAUUAAAUAAAACAAAACUUCUUUCCUUACUGAUUUUCCAUUCAAGUAAAUGUGAAUGAUAAGAAAGCAAACUUUAAUUGCAGCAGCUUGUACAGGUAAUAUGCUUGUUAAGGCAACAGGACUGAGCCCAGGAGGGGAUCUCAUCUUAUUAAUGAAAAAACUGUCCUGUGUUUAAAAGCACAAUUGCACAUUUGAUUUGGAAACAUACCAAAACACUUUGGCCUCUAAGAAAUAAACACCUACUUAUUUCAGCAAUUAAUUGACUCAUCUGUAUAUUCAUUUGUCUGUCAUGUAAGAAUUCCCAGGAAAAAAAACCUGAACUGACACGUUUUAAAAAUCAAGUAGCUAAAGUUAUCAUCUCGGGUUCAGCAGUGAAGUAUCUAGCUAUUCUGAAAUUAAAUGCUAAACCACAGAGAUUCCUGUUGACAUACAUUUUCCACGUCAUUGUCUCACUUGUGAGAGCACUGAAAAUCAUGGUCCAGCUGCAUCAACAAGAUAGGUCCCAAAUUUCAUGAUCUGUAAGACCAAUUCAUAAGCUGCAUGUCCCACUUGAGCAAUAAUGCUCCUGAUUUCAUAAGAGUGCUAUUAUGCUCCAUAAAAAAAAUGUGCUUUGUUUUGUGAGACAGCACUUUGUUUUCAGUAGGAGGUGUUAAAAAAUUCACUGCACAUACUAAUCACUUUAGUGUACAGGUCAUCUUCUCCAAGCCAAACAAGUGUCAGCACUCUGUACAGUCAUUAGGGAAAGGGAAGGAAUUAAAAUAUCUAAUCCUCUCUUGCUGCCCUCAGGUUAAAUGAAUUCGUCUCUCAAUACAUAAUCCUAACCAUGCUCUUGCAGGGUUUUUGUGUCAAAUCCGAUUUUUAAGUGGAGGUUCCUGCAUUUUCUGCUUAAAAAAAAAAAAAUAAAUAGAUCGUGUGCCAGAGCUUCAGACUCAAACUUCGAAGCCUUCCUGAACACUGUAUAUUCACUCCUACUACACAGCUAAAUGUCACCAAGAUUUUUAAAGUAACAAGAGAUUGUAAGAGCAGCACAGAGGUGCUUCAGGUGACUUGUCUCCUUAAAGCUACCGCCUUUCAGAGUCACCCCAGUGCAGCUCUGUUCACUACCAGGGUUUUUGGUCAUUGAAAAUGACACAUGGCAUUUUUUGCCUUUUAAAAAAUGGGAGGAGAUAAGGCGCCCCACAGCAGCUUAUAAUCCCAGAGCACCGCGACGCUCUCUCAGCUCUUGAGCUGCAUCAGCAGGUCCCAGCCUUUUCAACAGCCUCAGAACAAGAGUGUGUGUGCCUGGACUAUAAACCUUUUGCAGUGUUUUCAGGUGAGCUCCUGACUUACACCCCCGACAAGGUAUGAAAUCAGUGUGAUAAAUUGUUGUUAUUUUGCUAUGAACAGCACAGGUUGUGAUCAUGAUGCAGCACCAAAUGCAUCUCCAAAAAGCUGACAAGGCAUUUCUUCAAGUUAUUUCUUGUUUUACCUUUCCUCUAAAAGGACACCAAGCAAGUUAUGUGGAAAUUUUUACACAUGAAUCAAAGUGUUAAUCUGACAAUGAACUGAUAGGACACGUCAAUGUCGGACUUGACAGCAGUAUCUAAAAAUACAUUUGUUCUUACUGCUUGAUAGCAUUUAAAUCCACAUCAGCAUUGCUAAGAACUUGUCACAAGAUUUGUCAUUUUUCUUUGGCUGACAGGGAUAGAAACCAGAGCAGCUGCAUUUCGCUUGAUUCACACGGGAAGAAAAGAGCAUAAAGACCAUGCAUUUUAAAGCUAGUCUGGCUAAUUCAGAGAGGGAGGAGAAAUAUUAUUACUCAGUGGGGAAGAAAAGCAAAAGCUGUUCUCUAGAGUCAAGCCAGUCAGUUCGGUAACAUCUGUGUUGUCAGUUAAGCAUGAAGAUAAGCUUUUUCUCAGCUCACCUCACUGCCCAUCCCACCUGCCCACCCUGUUUAUAUGCAAGAACAUGCCCAGUCACAGUCAAGUCCACAAUUAGAGCAUUUACCAGGGAAGGUGUUCAAGCACCCACAUGGCAUAUAAGCAUAGGUUCCAAGCUCCUGCUGACAGACCAGUACAUCAGUAAAACCCCUGAACUCCAUCUCCAAGCACAGUGUGAACACUUUGGACCCAAGUUUAAAGCUAGGCUAAGAGCUAGCAACAUGAACAAAGUGCAUUUGGAUUGGUUUAUACCAUGUCCAUCAUGCAAGCCUGCCCUUCACCUCACAGGAAGAUAAAUCACCCCAUAUAAGAGUAAAUAUCAAACAUUUGUGCAACACCUCACUCCUCUGAAAGGUCAGUUUGGUAAAUUGCCAUAUAGUCAGAUGCUAAGGACUCACGUGAAUACACGUACUGCCUUCCUGACAUCCAAACACAGAUAAUCUUAUUUUGGCCAGCAUCUGUGGAAAGCCAGGGGUGGGGGGGGCUUUCGGGCAGGAGGGGAAGGAAACAGGCCAGGCAAACUGGCUCUUGUCAAGUGACUGUUAAGAGACCUCAGCCAGGCACAGGGAAGUGGGCUCUCCCCAGAGAGAGAGAGAGAGAGAGGGGAAGGAAGAGGGCAGAUAAGAGCACACAGGGGUAAUCUGUCGGUGACAAGGAGAACAAAGUAAUGGGCAACUACCAAAUAGGAUGCACAGGAUGUCACUUCAAAAAAUAUGGGGGGCAGGAAGGAAGAGUAUUUUCAGUCCUAUAUUCCUUCAGCUGUCUAAAGCUAAACGUAUCUUAAAGGAUGCAAGUAUUGAGGAGACAGUGGUAAGCAGGGAAAUGAAGUAAAUCAUUUUACGUGUGUUCUGCAUAUCCUAGCCAUGGAGUGAUUGCUGAUCUCUUCAUCUGUAUACACUCUAAUCAGAGCAUGCAAGUCUGCACAAGCUAUUAUUCCAAUCUCCUGGUAAGUGUAUAUUCCCCAUAAAGCAGGUAGCCCAACAUCACACUUAAAAGUUGUUCUGGUAUACAUUUCCACAUAAAAUGAAUUAAUGGGUAAAAAGCUGUUAGAAAAGCUGUUUGCAUUUGAAUAAUACUGAAAGAAAUAAACUUUUAAGUCAGUUACCUAGGUUUGUUUGAAAAAUCAUCUAUAAUGUUCUUUUGCAAAAUACAUGAAUGUAAGAGUAAAAGCUAAAUUAUAUGCUUUCUCCCUUCUUUUCCCAGCAUCUCUCCCUUCGUAGAUGGGAGCAAGCACCAUAUAAAAAUGGCCUGUUGAGAAAAACGGAGCAACUGGAAAAUCUCCAAGCCAGUGUUAACUAUAGGAGAAAGUGCCUACACAUGGUUAAAUAUAGACACCAUAGAGAAGGAAGUAUUACUCUGUAACAAAUGAAGUUUGGGUUUACUGAAAGAGCUGUGGCUGAACUGUUUAAAUGUUUGACAUCCACAUUGUAUGAAGCUGACUUCCAUCUAAAUAGUUUGAUCAUUAUUAAAUGGCAUUUGGAAUCACUGCAUUAGACUGACUCAACAAAGUAAUUGUCAAGUCUCACAGGAGUGAGACAACAAGCUUCUAGGACACUUCACUUCACUAUGUUUAAAUAUCAGACAUGUCACUUUGCUCCCUGCUGAGACCCAAGAGAAAGCCAGCACAUGGAUCAUAAGAUCCCAUCAUCUGAGGAUGCAAAAUAAUUGUGUAAUAGAUAAACUGAAAAAAGCAAUUUGAGCUCAGAGUUUAUCCAGCUUGAAACUCCUGAGGACUAUGAGUAUAUUUGAGAAGCACUUACAUAAAUGACCCAAAAGAACGAGUAAACAUCAAGAACACUUUUUCUCACUUCCACACUGUAGGUUAAAAUACACACAGACAUGUAUAGUUGAACUGAAUAAAAUAUUACAAGAUUUUUGUAGGAUGUUUUGAUUGUAAUUUUACAUCUAAACAACUCUGUAAAAUUCAGAUUUAUUAAAAACCUAGUUUCUCUUUGAAUCACUAUACGACUGCAUUACAAAGGUUUUCUGAAAUCAAGAACAAAUAUUUUUAAAAGUCCCAACCCCACAUUUCUAAGAUAAAUGGGGAUACUACAGGUUCCAAACAACCCUGGCUUCUCUUCUUCUAAUUGUCUAAAAGCUCUAAGUAAAAGAUUUGGAAACAAAAAAAUGUAUGGAUGUCCAAAAAAAUAAAAACCGUCUUUAAACUAAACAAAACAUAAACCAGGUACCCACCCACCACAUGCUAUUAGUUUCGCCCCAGCAAUUUAAUACUAUGAGAAGGCUCUGAAAACUGUAUUCCUCUAAAGUAAAACAAACCACCUGUUUCUGAUAUUACAUUUCUAAAGGAAAACCACCUACAUUUAUCAUGGUACAGAACCCUGUACAGUACCAUAAAAGGGGAAAAACACUUUUCCAAGGCAAUUAACGUCAUGCCAUCCUGAAGUGGGAAAAGUAUUAAAAUAAUUACAAGUCAGAGGCUGGCUCUCUUGGAAUUUUGGAUUUUUUUCCCCCUAAAGUUUGUUGAAGUCAAAAGGGUUCUAACAACAGUCAAAGUAAAAUUCAGGAAAAAUACUUGCAACUGUACUUUUUUCCUUUAUCCAUAGUAUAUCAUUGUCAGCCUUCUAAUAAUUAGUUAGUUUUUAUCAUGUUUAAAGUCAAUUACAUAUUUUUUUAACUACCUUUUCUAUAAUUAUGGUAUGUUCUUACUACAAGUUGAAAGUUUAUACCAGGAUGCGAUGUAUUUCUUGAUUUUCACACCUUUUAACUGUUAGCACCAAAGAAACUAUUAUUUAUGGGCCAGACAAUUUAGGAUGAACAGAUUUUCAGCUGAAGAAUUUUGCAACCAAUAUACUGAAAAUGCAGUCUACUUCAAUGACUAGUAUUAACUGACUUGUAUUUU